AUGGGAGACCGCUCAGAAAACGAAUUCGGAGUUAAAUUGGAUCGGUGUUUCGCUGACUCUCUACUGAAGGUCGCCGGAGGUAUUGCCAUUGGUGUAGUGUCAUCAGUAGCCUUGUUCAAAGGACGUACCGCACCAGUUUGGUUGGGUACCGGAAUUGGUAGGUUAAAUAAACAUUCCUCCAACACCUCAAUUUUUGAUUAUUAGUUUUUUAUCUUGCUUUAAUUUUAAGACUUCUGAAAAAAAAAUUGUGUUUUAGGCAUUGGAAUGGGAUGGAGCAACUGCAGACACGACUUAAACGACCCCUACCUUCUCCAUGGCCAGAAGGUGAAGGCAGGUCAAGAAGGAGGAAAGCCAUCCUAUCAAAUCGUUGUUCAACCUCCAAAAGCAUAG